AACACUGAUUUUGAUCUUGUGGAUUAUGAAUCCUUUCCCCCAAAUUGACUGCAAAUUUCAGGGAUAAGUAAGAACAGAGGAAGCGAUAUGGGUGAGUUCCUAUGGACUUUUGCUGUGCAAGAAAUGUUGAAGAAAGUGGUAAGGCUUGCAGCUAAGGAGAUCGGCCUCACAUGGGGCUUGGAGAAGGAGCUUUCAAAUCUAAAGGAGUGGCUACUCAAAUCUGAAACCUUCUUACUUGAUAUCAACACAAGAAAAUUACAUAAUGAUUCCGUGAGGCUGUGGGUGGAGAAGCUUCACCAUCUUGUUCAUGAAGCUGACGACCUGAUAGACAACCUUGUUUAUGAACAUCUUCGACACAAAGUCCAAAAGAAUGAUAAAAUGAACAAGCUGAACAAACAUGACCGUGAAGCAACUCGUCUGGGACUUGUUGGUGAUGAACCCAUACAAACAUUACUACAAAGUGAUGUUAGCCAAAUUCGAGAGACAGUCUCGGAGGUGGAUGAUUUUGAAGUUGUGGGUAGGGAUGUUGAAGUUUCAAGCAUAGUGAAACAGGUGAUUGAUGCUCAUAAUCAACGAGUUACAUCAAUUUUACCCAUUGUGGGUAUGGGUGGAUUGGGGAAAACAACUUUGGCAAGGUUAAUCUUCAACCAUGAGAUGAUCAAACAACAUUUUGAUGAAACUAUAUGGGUAUGUGUGUCUAUACCUUUUGAUAUCAAUAAGAUUUUGGGAGCAAUCUUACAGAACGUAAAGGGUCAUGAUGGCUGCUACCACAAUAGGGAGAUCUUACUUCGUGAGCUUAAAAAAGAGAUGUAUGGAAAAAGGUAUUUUCUUGUUCUUGACGAUGUUUGGAAUGAAGAUUCAUUAUUAUGGGAACAGUUGAAGAAUUUUUUAAUGAAGAUCACUUCAAAAUCUGGAAAUAGUAUUCUUGUGACUACAAGGAAUGUUGAAGUGUGUAAAAUCAUGGAAAAAGCUCUUCCUACUCAUCAUAUAACCAAAUUAUCAGACGAGCAAUGUUGGUCCUUAUUUAUGGAAAGUGCAAAUGCCAAUGGACUACCCACAACUUCAAAUUUGGAGGCUGUUCGUGAAGAGCUGGUUAAAAAAUUUGGUGGCAUACCAUUAGUUGCAAGAGUGUUGGGAAGUGCAGUGAAAUUUGAACAAGAUUAUGACAUCUGGGUCUCACUGUUGGAAGGUGUAUUGAGAAGUCCAUUGCAUUUGCAAGGCAAAAAUUUUUGUUUACCCAUAUUGAAAUUAAGUGUGGAUUAUCUACCAUCUUCAUUGAAGCCAUGUUUUGCUUACUGUUCAAAUUUUCCUAAAGAUUAUGAAUUUAGAAAAGAUCCACUCAUUCAAAUGUGGAUAGCUCAAGGGUUUAUUCAACUACAAGAAGGAAGAAGCUGCUACCAAACAGUGGAGGAAGAAGGAGAGAGAUACUUCAAGAUCUUGUUAUCUCGUUGCUUAUUCCAAGAUGUUGUUAAAGAUGCUAGAGGGAGAAUCAUAAGUUGUAAGAUGCAUGAUCUUAUACAUGAUAUGGCAUGUGAUGUUUCAAAUGAUCAAAAAUCUCUACUGGAUUCUUGCACUUCAUCUGAUGAAGAACUUUGGAGGAACAGAACCAAAAACAUUGGCAGCAAGUUACGGAUGAUUGCUUGUCAUGAAGGGAUGCCUCAUAGAAUAGAGAAGGCCGUUCAUGAUAAGAUUGGGAGCUUUGUUUGUUUGCGUGUUUUGAUAAUGAACUCACGAUCUAUUUAUAAGUUACCAUAUUCAAUUGGUGAGUUGAAGCACUUGAGAUACGUUGACAUUUCAGGUUGCUUAAUCCAAAAGCUUCCAAAAUCCAUUGUUCUGCUUUAUAAUUUGAAAACAUUAAGGAUUGGAAGCUCACCCAUUGAAGAGCUUCCUAAGGAUUUGAGAAGGUUGGUUAAUUUAAGGCAUUUGGAAUUCUCAGAAAUUUACUUUGUCGACCCAAAGAAGAUGCCUCCACAUUUGAGCCAAUUGAUUCAUCUUCAAACAUUGUCUUGUUUUAUGGUAGGGUUUGAGAAGAGUUGUGAGAUUGCAGAACUCGGUCCUCUGAAGAAUCUUAAAGGGAGUUUGAAAAUUUCAAACCUGGAGAGAGUUAAGAGCAGGGAGGAAGCCAAAAGCGCAAAUUUUAUGGAGAAGGAAAAGCUUAGGGAGCUGGUUUUGGAAUGGGGUUGGAGCAAUGAAACAGAGGAUCAUAGUAGCAAUCAUAAUGGUUAUCAAGUGUUGGAAGGGCUUCAACCACACAAAAAGCUUCAUUCUUUGAGUAUCCAUUCCUUUGUAGGUGAGUGCUUGGCUAACAACAUUUUUGUUGACAACUUAGUAGCAAUAAGUCUAGUUGAUUGUCGUAAUUGUGGAAGGCUUCCAAUGCUUGGGCACUUAAACAGCCUAGAGGAACUUCUUGUUUCUGGGCUGAAUGGUGUAAGGAGUAUUGGCAGUGAGUUUUAUGGAAACCACUCCAACCAAAGGGCUUUGUUUCCCAAGGUGAAGAUAUUUAAGCUCAUUGAGGUGGAGAGGUUGGAGCAGUGGGAAGAAGUAACAGUUGGAGCCCAUGUUACAACUUUUCCACAGCUUCAAGUUUUGGAAAUUUCUAAAUGCCCCAGAUUGUUGAGUAUUUCAGAUCUUUUUGGUUGUUGUGAUGAAAAUGGAGUCCAACACCUGAGAGUUUUGCAAAUAUUGGAAUGUUCUAAGCUGACAAAGCUUCCAAAUGGGCUGCAAUUUUGUCACUCCAUUCAGCAUUUGAGAUUGAUUGACAAUUGCUCCUUUUUGGCACUAGAUUUGCAAAAUGAGCACUUGUUAAUGAGGCUACCAGAGAGGUUAGCCCAUCUCAGUGAGUUGAAAGAAAUGGACAUUGUUGGAUGCACUCAACAUGGUGAUCUUAUGAACCUACGUCCUGUCCGGCCUGUUAUAAAGCUUUUGUCGAACGAUGAGCACCGUUUUCAAGAUCUUAGUGAGAUUCAAAGUUUACCAGAAUGGUUGGAGAACUUCACGUCUUUGCAACUCUUGAAUCUUUCCUUCUGUGUAAAUAUGAAACAGCUGCCGGAGACACGCCAUGUUGUUUCUCACCAAGUUGAGUGUUAUUUUUCAAUGUCCACACUCGAGACUUGGCGAAGGGAACUUGGAGUUGACGUUCAACAUUCUCUUUCCUAAAUUAUGUUUAAGUUUUCCUCCUUUCUAACUUUUCCAUGUACACACCCUAUUUAAUGAUCAUAAUCUUUGAU